ACUUGAACCAGUUUAGAUUGCAUAAUGUACAUGAUCUUGAAGAGAACAAGCUAUAGGUUAAGCGCGUCGUAUUAUAUUAUAGAAAAUAAAUUCUGAUCUAGCUCACCUCUAGUUACUACCACUUGCUAUUGUCUAAUAACAAAAAUGGCGCACACGAUGGCGAGAUCGAGACUCGGACUAUUUGUAUUUAAAUAUAAUAAUCGAGUGAAACCGCGAAUCUUAGUACCUUUAAAGUAUCAACGAUUAUGUUUCCAUACAAACUGGAUAUUAGAUGCAAAGGGCAAAGAAUUAUUAAUGCCAUCGUUAUCGCCAACCAUGGAAACUGGCACGAUCGUUAAAUGGCUAAAGAAGGAAGGUGACAAAAUUAGCCCUGGAGAUGCUAUUGCCGAUAUUCAAACCGAUAAAGCAGUGGUGGCUAUGGAGGUAGAAGACGAAAUAGUCCUUGCAAAAAUUCUUGUGCCCGAAGGAACUAAAGAUAUUAAAGUAGGAACAUUGAUUGCUCUUACCGUAGACGAGGGUGAGGAUUGGAAAUCAGUAGAAAUGCCUGAUGUUUCCGCAGCUAUUGCUGCCCCAACACCUUCUGCUCCUGUUCCACCUUCAAGUCAACCAAGUACGUCAGCCCCACCGGGACAGCAAAAUGUUUCCAUGCCUGCACUUUCUCCAACCAUGUCGUCAGGUACAAUUGUAAAAUGGUUAAAGAAGGAAGGUGAUGAAAUAGAACCGGGAGAUGCAAUAGCCGAGAUACAAACUGACAAAGCUGUAAUGACUUUUGAAAUGGAAGAUGAGGUUGUACUCGCAAAGAUUUUGGUACCCGAAGGUAGCCAAGUGGAUGUUGGUCAAUUAAUUGCUAUUACAGUAGAGAAGGGAAUGGAUUGGAAGCAAGCUGUCAUUCCGCAAGUGCUUAAGGUUGUCCCUAGUGUUGUCCCUACAGUUGCAAAGCCCAGUGAAAAAGGACAGGUAUAUGGAUUGGCAGUCAAACUAUUGUUAGAGCAAUACGGUUUAGAUCCAAAUUCUAUCAAGGGUACUGGUCGUCCUAAUCGAAUUCUAAAAAGUGACGUGCUAGCAUACAUACAAGCAAAUAAUAUAAAAAAGGUUCAGCUUGAAACCGCUACGCCGGCAAAGGUCGAACAAGUUAAAAAAGCACGUCCUACGGUACCGGGUCGUCCAUCAGCUUACGAAGACAUACCUGUAUCGAAUAUUCGAAGUGUUAUCGCGAAACGUCUUGGAGAGUCAAAAUCAAAUAUACCUCAUUCUUACUCGUCUAUUGACAUCAGAAUUGACAAACUGCUCGAAAUUCGAAAGCAAUUAAAGGAGGACGGUAUAAAUGUAUCGGUCAAUGACUUUAUCACAAAAGCUGUAGCUCAUGCGCUUGUCGAAUGUCCCAGUAUCAACACCUUAUAUACAAAUGACAAAGUUGUGCGCCCUCCAAACAUAGAUAUUUCUAUAGCAGUUGCGUCUCCUACGGGUCUCAUUACGCCGAUUGUAUUUGAUGCGCCAUCCAAAAGCUUAUUAAACAUUUCUACGAGCAUUAAAAAAUUAGCCGAAAAGGCAAAAGCUGGAACUCUGAAGCCACAGGAAUUUCAAGGAGGAUCGUUUACAAUAUCCAAUCUGGGAAUGUUUGGUAUUAAAGAAUUUUCCGCCAUUAUAAAUCCUCCGCAAACCGCGAUCCUUGCUGUUGGAACAGGACGUCCGGAACUGAGUGAUUCUUUAAAAGCUAUCACCAAGAUGAUAACAACAUUAUCAUAUGAUAGACGUGCCAUUGCUGAGGACGAUGCAGCUGACUUUUUAGCAGUACUGAGAGCUAUGUUAGAGGAUCCAGCUUUUCUUGCUAUUGGAAGAAUUCAAGCUCUGAGACAUAUGAACGAUUAAGCAUAGUAAUAUAGUUAUCUUCUCAUUUAAUUGUCACUUGUCAUCGAACUUUUAUAUAUAUAAUUUUCUUUUUUCUUAGCAAUGUACAUACAGUAAGGAAGGUAGGACGAUAAUAAGAUUUACAAACAUGUUGCAUAAAUCUUAAAAAUUUGCAAAAAUCUAUAAAAUUUAAAUAAAACUCGAGUAUAAAUAAAUGAACGGAACGAUGAUAUAAACUAAUGCCGUCUUGUGAUAUCAUAUUUAAACUAUGCUCAAGAAAUAGUCUUUCGUUUCGAUUUUAUCGUCUGCUAGUCACCAAAAGAAUUAAAUCUUGCGAUAUAAUCAUCAAAGAAGAUGUUAGAAUGAUAGUCGUAUUUACUGCCAAGUACAAUGAUAUCUUAACCGAAAAUAUUUCAUUAUGAUAAUUGUAGGAAACCAUAUAGAAAAUCAAAAAAACAUGAGAUUCCAAGAAAUUGAUAUUAACUUUUAUAAAUUUGCUAAUGUGUAUGUAUGUGUGUGUGUCUGGAAAUCAUUAAAACUCGGCAUCUAUAAUUUCAUUGUUUCUUUUCCAAAUCUGUUAAAAAUGAGAAAAUUGACAAAUGAUAUUCAAUCGGGGUUUACUAUAUGCAACUUUUUGUGCAUUAGUAAUUGCGUGUGUCGUAUAAUAAAUUGCUUUUGUGCAACACGCGAUCGCGCGCGCACGUGUGUAUGCGUGUGUACAUACAUACAUACAUAAAACAAACCAGAAAAGCACGCGCGAUAUCACUCUUCUGUUAACAAAACACACACAUAAUACCGUUGUAGGUUUAAAAUAAUUUAAGUAUAGAAAAUAAUGUUGACAUGCAAUGCCAUGUAUGUAGGUUUUAACGGUAUUACAAAUGCUUUUUAUCUUCUUGGUGUAAAACAAGGAAGAAGUAUGUAAAGUUUGUAUAUGCGUGGAUUAUAAUUUGUGUCAAACAAAUAUUAUUGGCAUAAUGUUAAGACCAAAUUAUUGUCUUAUAUUGUAAAUAAAAUAUUUAUUGUUUAAUAUA